CACAGACUGGCUGUGUGCUAUCACUGCUGCCUUUACUGUGCUAACAUGAAUAUAAAAGUGCUAGUUGUUGUUUUGGUGCUAGCUCUGGCUACAAUUUUUGCUUUAGUCUGCGUUUUGCUGACAAAGAAGGGAAAAAAAGUCACCAGUUGUGUCUACUCUGAACUACCAAUUUCCUCUGAGAGGCCCAACAGAGAACGAAGUGAUGUCUUUGUUGAUCUGACAGCUGAUGAAAUGACUCAGGUGGUGAAGUAUCUCAAGAAGAAUCUCGGGGUGUACCUGGAAGAUGCAUUUCAUGCAAAACCAUCAGAUAAUUGCAUUUAUUAUAUGGAUGUAUAUUUCCCGCCUAAAGCCAAAGUUCUGGGCUUUCUUGAUCGUGGAAGGGAAGAGCUACCCCGGCAGGCAUUGGCUGUGGUAUACUUUGGAAGCCAGUCAGAUCCAAACAUUACAGAAUUUGUAGUAGGUCCACUUCCAGAUCCAAUGUACCAUCGAGACAUUACAAUGCGGAAAUUUGGCAAGAAGGUUCCAUAUCACAGCAGACCAGUGACUGAGAGGGAAUAUAAAGAUAUUGACUUGUUCAUUUUUCAUGAACUCUUCAACACCUCCAACUUUCUCAAAAUAUGCUGUAAUUAUGAGAGGCUUGAUUUAGCUACUCUAACCACAGCUCCAAGAGGAUUUGAGUCUGGUGAAAGAGCCACCUGGUUUGUCCUCUUCCAGAAUGUGAUUGGCAGUGGAUAUUACAUCCAUCCUAUUGGCUUGGAGAUGCUGGUGGAUCACAGCAGUCUGAACAUCUCUGAAUGGAAACUGAGGAAAGUAUUCUAUAAUGGACACUAUUAUCAGGAUAUGGUCCAUCUGGAAAAAGAGUUCAAGAAUGGACAGGUGAAGGAGGCAAGAAUUAAGAGUAGUCAGCUGGAGAUGGAAUAUGCUUCCAGGAAGCGAUUUGAACCCGUAGCACCUUCUCGAGGCCCAUUUCAAUUUGAGACCCCAGGAAAGCGCUACACUGUAACUGGCAGCCAUGUUACCUAUCAGCUAUGGGAGUUUACCUUUGGGAUGAAUGUGAACACAGGGCCACGUCUUUUCAACAUCAGAUUUAAAAAUAAGAGGAUUGUCUAUGAGUUGAGUCUGCAAGAAGCUCUUGCCAUUUAUGGUUCCAAUUGUCCUGGAGGAAUGGUGACCAGAUACAUGGAUGGUAGCCUUGGCAUUGGAAGGUUUUCUUAUGAACUAGUCCGGGGUGUGGAUUGCCCCUACAUGGCCACAUAUGUGGAUCGGCAUUACCUAAUAGACUCUGACACUCCCAAACUAAACAAGAACUCCUUCUGCAUCUUUGAACAUGACAUGGGUGUCCCUCUGCGUCGCCAUUUUUCUAAUUUGGGUUCUUUUUAUUAUGAGGGGUUAGCCAAAUAUGCUUUGGUCUUAAGGACUGUUUCUACCCUCAUUAACUAUGACUAUGUCUGGGAUUUUGUAUUCUAUCAAAAUGGUGCCAUCGAAGUCAAAGUCCAUGCUACAGGAUACAUCAGCUCUUCAUUUUUUAUGGAAGGUGGUACUCAGUAUGGAAACAAGGUUGGGGAGUACACACUUGGAACCAUGCACAACCAUCUGAUAAAUUAUAAAGUUGACUUAGAUGUAGAAGGAGUCAAGAACUCUUUGGUGGACCUUGACAUGGAAUAUGAAUCUGUGCAGGCCCCUUGGAGCACAGAGCACAUAAUCCAGAGACCAAUCCUUACCCAGCAAGUCCUGGAAACAGAAGAAAAAGCUGCUUUCUCACUUGAUGGUAAAAUCCCACGGUACCUGCUUUUCAGUUCUAACAAUGAAAACCAGUGGGGCCACAAACAGAGCUAUCGCAUCCAGAUCAUCAGCUUUGCAGGCAAGCACUUACCACAAAGUAGCCACAUGGAAAAGGCUAUCAGCUGGGGCAGGUACAAGCUAUCUGUCACUAAGCAGAAAGAAGAAGAAUUGACAAGCACUUGCAUCUAUAACCAGAAUGAUCCAUGGGAUCCCCUGGUAACCUUUGCAAACUUCAUAGACAACGAGACCAUAGUCAAUGAGGAUCUUGUGGCCUGGAUCUCAGUUGGGUUUUUACAUGUGCCACAUGCUGAGGACAUCCCAACUACUGUGACAGUUGGCAAUGGAGUAGGCUUUUUACUUCGGCCUUAUAACUAUUUUGAUGUUGAUCCUUCUAGCAGCUCCCUUGACAGCAUCUACUUCAGAGAUGAUGAAGAUGCAGGCAAAUGUGAUAUCAACCAAAUUGCUUGCUUGCAACAAACAGUCACAUGUUUUCCCAGCCUACCUCCUUUCACUUACAAUGGUUUUGAGAACUUGACAAUUCCAUGACAAGAAUACACAUUUAUACUCUGGCUUAACAUUUUAAAAAAUGUAAAGGCUAAAGAAUGACUGGCUUGAGCACUCCUAGUUCUAUAUUUCUAUUCUGUCUAUUCUAUUCCUUACUUUUGGUCACCUCUCACUGUUUUCAAUUUGUGGCUGGGAUUUUUUUUAGACUAACUCAAUGGAGAAUUUCUGCUUUCAACUGACAAUGACCCAGUCUUUUUACACAUUAUGGCUUUGAAUGUCAUUAACUGAUAUUCUAAAUGUUGUAGCAUGUAUGGGUUUUAAUUUUAUGCAAAAUUAGUGGGUACCUAAAUUGAGCCAGGAUAUCAUUUGUCUUGCAUAUUAGAGAAAGAAUCCAGCAAAGUUUUGCUCAGUUCAAUGAUAAUUAGAAUGCACAAAUGCUUUCAAAUGGUCAUAACAAUAUACUGACUUUUGAAAUCACCAUUCAGAUACAGAAUGAUGAUUAGUUUAUUAUACUGUGAUUCCAGGCCAAAAGCUUUCAUUCACAUAAAUGAUUUGCUGGAAACAAAUGGCUGGAUUGGACGGACCAUUCUCAGUAGGAAUACACUGCUUAUUCAAAAGCCCUCUGGUUUUGCACAGAAAUUCCAGACAAAUCAUGUAAUGAUGGCCAGGACACCAGCUGCAGAAUCAGCUGACUACAGUUGUUUCCAGAUGGGCCCAUUUCAAAUUUAAGAUUAUUUUCUUAAAUGGUGCAUUCAGAUAAAUGUAGUGAUUGGCAUUAAAAUGUUCAUUUAUGCUCCAUCAUUUAAUAUUUGUUUUGUAUUUGUAUUUGAAAUAUUUUUAUUAUUAUUUUAAAAAUAAUUGUAUUAAUAUGCAUUGGGAAGAAGGCUGUAUUUUGCUGUCUGUAAAAAAACUGUUGAGUAAUUGAGCCUUUUCUAAUUAUGACAAUACAAUUCUGAUUCUUCCAAUACAAAAAGAUAAAUCAGUGUCUUUGCUUGUAUUAGGAAUGUAUAAGAAUUUCAUCAAAAUAAUCUUCUAGGAGCUAACUUGCAUAUUUCAUCCUUGCUGAACUUCAUGCCAUUUUAGCAUCAGAUUAAAUUCUACCCUAAAUUAAACAAGAAUUGAAACAAAAAAAACUGCUUUAAUUUGUGUGUAUUUGUAUUAGUAAAACUACAUCAACCAUCUUCACAUGUGAUGGAAACUUUUGGAUAACAAGCAAUAAAUGAAAUUUUGAGAGAUGUUGUAAAUGUAAAAAGGGAGGGAAGGAUGGAAGGGAAGAAAGGAUUUCUUUUAAACCCAUCUAGGGAAAACUCCAGGUUAGAAUAUUGUUCAAUUAAAAGAAAGCAUAAGACCAACAAUCUUAAUUUACACUAGUUAUUUUGGGGGAAGGCAGAAGGAGG